AUGGAAGAACCAUCACCUAAUCCGACAUCUGAGGUGGUUUACGGAUCCACUGGAUCUCCUCUUGGAGACGAUAAUCGGGUAAUGUCCGAAAAAGUGCAAAAUAUGGCGUCCGCCAUUUACCGGGAAUUUGAAUUAAUGAUUCAAAAACAGGGAGAAGACGGAGUAAAGAAUUUGAUGCCUCUCGUGGUGAAUGUUCUUGAAACUCUCGACGUUACUCUGUUAGAACGUGAUGAACAUGCUGCUGAUAUAGAGAUUCUGAAAGAGGAUAAUGAGCAGUUGCUGAAUAUGUUUGAAAGAGAAAAAGCCGCACGUAGGGCUGCGGAACAGAAGUAUAUGGAAGUAGAAGACAAUAUGGUCGGCGAGAAAAAGGAACUGGAGAAUAAAAUACAAUCUCUUGAAUCAAUAAUGCGAAUGCUCGAACUCAAAGCUAAGAACGCGGCCGAUCAUGCUACUCGUCUAGAGGAGAGAGAAGCUGAACAGAAGUUAGAGUUCGAUCGUCUGCACGAUAGAUACAACACUUUGUUGCGGACUCAUGUUGAUCACAUGGAGAGAACGAAGUAUCUUAUGGGAAAUGAUAAGUUCGAGAUGAUGCAGAACAUGCCAUUGCCCCAACAACAACUUCGGACAAGCUUCUACCUGCCCUCUGGUUCGCAGUAUUCAAUGGGCAUGGCCACUUCAGUUGAUGCUUCCAAUAUAAGAGGAGUUUCUGAUCUAAUCAGUGCACACAUGACUCAAAGCACAACGAUGGAUGUCAAUUUGGCUAAUCAUAUAACUGAAGCUGAUUGGCAAGAUGAAUUCUCAUCGGAUGUCGAACCAUCACCCAGAGAACCUCCUAAUGAGAAGUUCGAAGAGACCCAAGAAGAAGAGUCUAAACCAGAGAAGCCAGCUGAGCCUGCGCAAGAACAACAAGAAACAACAAAGGAUGCUCAAGAAGCUUCAGAAGUGGAGGAUACUUUGGGAGCCGACCUCACAGAUAUCUCCGAUGACGACUUCGAACUGGCUCUUAAACAACAGAGGAUACGCUCGACUUCAGAAGAUUCCGAAGACCUGGGAAUGGGACGCGAAGUUGAGAAUCUCAUUAAAGAGAAUACAGAACUUCUGGAUAUGAAGAAUGCUUUGAACAUUGUCAAGAACGACUUGAUUGCUCGUGUUGAUGAACUAAGCAGUGAAAAUGACAUUCUUCGUGAUGAAGUGAGAAGCUUAGAAAUGGUCAGGGUGAAGAUGAGUGAUACAAUCGAACGGCUAGAGGAGGAAGUCAAAUCCUUCAAGCAGAAGCUGAACGAAAAAGAAACGGAAACAGAAGAGGAAGAUGUGCCGAAUGCUCACAGAAAACGUUUCACUCGCUCUGAGAUGCAGAGAGUCCUUAUCGACCGAAACUCUUACAAAGAGAAACUUAUGGAGCUUGAAGAAUCUCUCAAAUGGACAGAGAUGCAAAGAGCUAGAAAGCUACAGCAGCAACAAGUUCUUCCUCCCAAGAAGAGCGCUGGAAUUUGGGAUUUCUUUUCUAAUUUGUUCGGAGAAACAGCUCCAUCACCCACGAAUCCCCGCAGAGCUGGCCUGGAUGGUCGCAAGCAAAUGACACGAAGUGUUGAAUACAUUGAUCCAGAAAUGAUCUCCGAGAGACGUCAAGCAGAAAGGCGCGAGCAAUACAAACUAGUUCGAGAGCAUGUUAAGCGAGAUGAUAGUGGGCGCAUUGAGGCUUAUGGUUGGUCAUUACCAGCAGUCGAAUCAUUGCCAUCGUCGCCAAUGGUGCCUGUACCAGUCUGUUGUAGACCUCUUAUGGAUACCCAACCAAACAUUAAGGUUUGGUGCUCCACAGGAGUUACUUUGAGAGGAGGUAGAAACCCUGACGGCACUUAUAUAACAGGGGAGCCUGUGUAUUUCUCUCCUUGCGCGAAAAAAUUGCCCAAACCAGAAGAAGAUAGAGAGUUGGAAACAGAAAUUUUGAGAGCACAUGCUAUUGAUGCGAGAGAAAGUGAAUUGAGAGAAUGGGAAUCCUCUUCUCUUAUUUGGAUAGGAAGUUCCAAUCAAGGAAGAAGCUUGGUCGCCAUUUUGGAUGCUAACAAUCCGAACAACGUCAUUGAUACGUUUGAAGCUUGUGAGAGCCAUUUGUUAUGUAUGCAAGGGAUCCCUGGUGUAACAGAGGAUGAUCCUCAUAUCAAUGAGGCCUCCGCGAAGAAAUUUUUGAGCGGAGGAGGAAAAGUGAAGGACUGUCCUACAGAUCUGGAAACAAUCUCUGAAUUGGGUGCAUGCGAAUGGGUUGAGUUACGCAAGUUGGAAGAUGGGGAAGACGGUGUUCCCACCUAUUGCCCUAACGAUGUGAAGCCCAGUCCAAAACGAUCGCGAGACUUCAGUAUCUCUGAUGCAGAAGCAGCACCAGCAGCUUCGCCCGAAAAAGAAGCUAAGGUGGUGCGUAUAGAGGAGGCUGAAGAAGCCCGUGAAUCUUCCGAUUAUGGCGCAACUCUUUUAAGCCUUUCCCUUAUACCUCUUGAAAAACUGAAAGAUAGUGAAGCUACCAAAGAAAAACCCAAAGUGGGAAGAGCAGCUUUCCCUCCACAUAUACGUGACGCUAUGAGCAAGUAUGAUUCAUUGAAGGAUAGUACAACUACUGCAAUCCCCACAGUUUGGCUAGGUAGCCAAAACCAAUACGUCUUCAUCCAUUCAGCCGUUAAUUCAUGGAAUAAAUGUCUGAGAAAAAUAAAACUACCCGAUGCGGUGUUGAGUAUUGUGCAUUUCAAAGGACGUGUAUUCGCUGCCUUAGCUAAUGGAACUAUUGCUGUUUUCCAUCGAGACAAAGAUGGUGAAUGGAGUGACUCUGGCUAUCAUUCUAUCAGAGUUGGUAAAGCUACUUCUUCAGUUCGCGCAUUAUGCGUAGUAGGAGGUAACGUAUGGGGAGCUUACAAGAACUGCAUAAUUGUGAUAGACGGGGAGAGCUUACAAGUAGUGAAAAUAUUUGCUGCUCAUCCACGGAAAGACAGUCAGAUUCGUAACAUGCAGUGGAUAGGUGCUGGAGUUUGGAUUAGCAUUCGACUUGAUUCUUCGCUCCGUCUUUUCCACGCUCACACUUUCGAACAUCUGCAAGAUGUUGAUAUUGAACCUUAUGUCACAAAAAUGCUCGGCACUUCACGAUUAGAUUUCUCUUACAUGAGAAUAACAGCUCUUCUUGUAUCUAACAGAAGACUGUGGAUAGGAACAGGUACUGGUGUUGUCAUCUCCGUUCCCUUAAGUGACACUCUUGAACAAAAAGUAGAAACCUCAGCUUCAACGGAUAGUAAAAAGAGCGUUGGACCAGGUGGCUUAGUGCGGGUAUACUCUAAGAGUUCUUCAACGACAGGGGACAACCAGAACAAAUCAAAAUGUUCCGGAGAUUACAUUCCUUAUUGUAAUUUGACGCAAGCCCAACUAUCAUUCCAUGGGCAUAAAGAUAGUGUGAAAUUCUUCUUAGCCGUUCCCGGAGAAGCUACGGAAGAAGAAACUGAGCUGCGAAAGAUGCUCGUUAUAUCCGGUGGAGAUGGUUAUAUAGACUUCCGCAUGGGCGAAGAAAAUGAGCCAGAACGAAAAGGAAGAGAUAAGGUUCUCGUACGUGAUAUGUCGCAUCUGAUAAUAUGGGAAGUUGACGCUGAUCUCCCUGUCCUAUCUUCAUAA